GACGUAGCAGACGAAACACGCCGUGUCGGCGCUUCGCGCGCGCGAGUCGCUGUCGUCUCGUCCGAGCAAGAGAGAGAGAGAGAGAUAGAGUCGUUGUUCGCUUUGUGUCAAAACUCUCGGUGCUCCGUGUGCGCGACUCGUCGCUGCUCCCCUUGUGCGACGCGUUAUUAUUAUCUUUAAUAAAGAGAGAGAGAGAGAGAUUCGUGACGAGUGUCUUUGUGCCGUGUAAAAUCAUACGUACAAAACACGCGUAAUGCACUGGGUAUACAUAGCCGCGUCGAUAGUAAUACAGUAGUAGCAUCGUUGCCAAAAAAAGGGGAGUCCGAUGCUCUUGGUUCGUUGCCGCCGGCGUCCAUGGCCGAUGACGACGAUGAUGCCGAUGACGACGACGAUGAUGCUGUGUGUCGCCGCCACCACCACCGCUUAUACUGAUGCCGAUGAUUCUUCUUCGAACGCGGAGCAGAUCGCGUCGUUUUAAUAACUGCGCGUAUAUACGUAAGUACUACACGUGAUCACGUUGUCGCUUGUGCCAAAAGCAGAGAAGUAAUUUUCAUCUCUUCUGCCUCGAAUAUUAUAAUUCUGGUACCUGUGCGGUGUAUAAUUCGAAGAAUGCAGAGAGAAUGAGAGAGCAUCUACGAUAGAGAGGAUCCAAAAAAAAAUGAAAAAGACGCGCGCGAGUUCGACGUACGUUAUUGUAAUGAUGAUGUGAAGAAGAAUACGCGUGCUCAGCUGCUGCUGCUAGUGAUGAUGAUGAUGAUGAUGGUGGUGCUGGUGCUGGUGGCGUGUUCAUCGUGUAGUACGCGGUGUAUAUCGUGAGAUCGUUGCGUCGAUGCACCACCGGUUACAAAGUGUCGUUCGUUGUGUUGAAUAAUCGAGAAAAGUGAAAAAAAAAGUGAAAGCUUACUGCAUCAUAUAUAGAAUCACAAAGAGAGUAGUGAGCUCUGUCUGUGUCUGUGUGUGCGUUGAAUCAGUGCAACAGCAGCAGCAGAAGCAGUGCCAGUGCUCUCCCCAAUGAUACACGGAGGCGAAUCAGUGCAAUAACCGUACUGUAUACAUACACAGCAAAGGCGGGAAGGGGAGAUACCUCGCCGUGUCUCUGUCUCCGUCUGCGAUCGUCCGAGUUACAUAUAUACGAGCAUCUCUACCUCGGAAGCGUAUUAAAUACUACUGUAAUAUACAGCGAGCGGUAGUUUGGAAAAAUUACCGUAACGUAUAUAGAGUGCAGCGAGUAAUCAGCUAAUAAAAAAAAUUAAUAAAAGAGAAGCACGGAGCGUCACAUCGAUGGUCAAAUUGAGAAAGCCGGGCGAUGCGAUGAACGGCCGACGCAGCUUAGUAGUCGCAAGCUCGUUCUCGGCUGCUGCUGCUGCGUCGUCGUCGUCGUCCUCCUCUUCUUCCGCCGCAGCGACAGCGACAGCAGCCGCCUCGGGUAGCGUCGGCAAGCUAGCGCCCGCAAUAAACAAGCCGACGAAGAAAUGCAAACAGCGGAGAAUACGUCUGCUGCGCGCUCAAGGCCUGAGAAUGCUAUCUCAAAAUCAAUCGGAAUUAGAACCGGGCGCCUCCACCUCCAGCGCGGCAUCUUCAUCUUCUUCCUCGAAAGACAACAAUCCCCCCGGCGGCGGCGGCAUGCAAUUAGUCGGAUUAAGCCCGGAGCCGAGCGGCAGCGGCGGAGGAGCUGGCUCGUCUUCCUCCCAGGCGCCCGUCACGCCCGGCGCGCCGUUCCACAACGGCGAGGGCUCCGAGGAAUUUCUCUCGACGGGCCGGACCGGGCGCAGGAACGCCUUGCACGACAUACUCGGCGAGCACGCCGAGACAGCCACCGCCGAUCUGCCCGAGAAGCUCGGCGCGCUCACGACUGAUCCCGGCGCUGGUCCGUCAACGUCCGGCACGCAGCAGCAUCACACGGGCUGACAAGAAAAUGACGACGUCCUCGUCCUUCGCUCGGGAGGCAAUCGUUAAAGCGACGACUACGACUACGACGGAGGCGACGUCGCGGCGACGAGUCGUCUCUCGGACACGCGAAUCUCAACGAGUCUUGACACGUACAAAAUACAUUGAUACAAGUAGUACAGAAAAAAAAGCUCACUUCGCAGACGUACAUUAUUAUUAUCAUACAUCGUAGAAGAAAAAAAAUGAGAGAUCUGUGUGUGUGAUCGUUUUAAGAGAGAGAAUAAAAAAAUAGUUAACGAGUAUUGUAAAUAUCGUACGAUAUAUCUACGUAUAAGAGCGUAGACACAAUAUUAUACAUAUAGAUGAUAGAUAAUUAUAUUAUACAUAUAAACAUGAAUACGGACUCGUUAUUAACAAAAGUCGAUCGAUCGGAGCGCUGGACGUGACGAUGCUCGCGCGUAUAUAGCUCUCAUUGUUGUCACCUUGAUUUCUGCCCACUGUGUUGGCUGGCCGUCGUGCGACAAGCCUCGUAUAUGUAUGUACACAACAUGGAGACGUACACAAUAUGUGCAUGAUGUUGGAACAAAUACACAGACACACGUAUGAGCAUACGUGCAUAUAUACAUACGUAAAUUGUACAAAAGCUCAUCGACAGAGAGAGAGAGAGAAGAGAGAAGAGAGAAGAGAGAAAAGAGAGAAAUAACGCCGUGCGCGCGCGAUCUUUUGAAUUUCGAAUCGAGAGCGUGUCUAGGCCGUGUGUAUAGGUGUGCUUUUAUGUAUCCGUAUCGUCAUCGUCAUCAUCGUCGUCGCGCGAAAGGCCUCGGCUCUUUCAAGUGCGAGCGAGUGCAUAUCGACUGUGGACUCCGGUGCUUUUUGAGAUAUUGAUUUUUAACUUUUAUUUCUUUCUUUCGUUUUUUUUUUUUUUAUUUCAUUGCGAUUCCGAAACGCUUAACUCUCGUUUCGUAUUUUACGCGCGCGCGCGCUCGAUGCUGGUAAUCGUCGCGAGGAUAAUUUUUUUCCACUUCUCUCGAUGUAUCGUCUCGCUUGAACCCUUUUUGUUUUCCACGUCUUUUAAAUGUGUGUCUCGCGUCGCCGAAGAGUCAAUCUAUAUAUACAUAUUGCGUAGCGUCAAUUUUUUCGCGCAGUCAAUAUUUACGGAUCGAUCGAUGUUUUUCUCUCUUUCCGUUUUGUCUCUGUCUCGCGCUCUCUCAUCGUUGUAUUUUUUACUUUGCGAACUUUCUCGUGCGUGUACUACAGUGGUCGCCGCUUAAGAGAAUCACUGUGUGACAAAAAUUUUCAUUCUAUUAAGCGGAUGAUUCUACUAUCCGAUAGGGAUUGCAAUAACUUAUAAAUAACUUUGAAUCCGAGAAAUUAUGCAUUAUUAUAAUAAA